AUUGGAAGAGCUCCUAGACAUGCAGCUGGCCUGUCAUGUUCGGUCUUUUACGUACAUGGUGCGACCUUUCUACCAAGGAAGCGGAUGGACACAAUUCCUUGCCGAAAUUGAUCCAAACGAGCUCCCGUCCGUCGACGCCCAUAGAGCACGUCUGCAAGAGCAAAUAAGUAUCAUUCGUGGUAACCUCGACCGUGAGCUACUACAAAGAGCGAUGGUUGCGUUCUCGUCCCUUCAGAAGGUUAAGCUUCUUCGACUGCAGGACGAAGCAGACGAACGUUUACUGGACCAUAUGCAUGAGCAUGAACGCCGGGUGGACGAAACUCUAGCUCUGGACUGGGAACCAGCUUGUACCAGAGCUGUCACAAACCUAGGUCUGUCCUUACUCGCGUCUAGUUGUACGUCUGUUCGUUUUGUUGGGCCUCAAAUCGACCCCAAUGCGACGGUCAAACUUCUGCAGACUCCAUCCGCCACGCUCUCCAAUAUUGGGGCGCGAUUGACCUGUCUAGACGUCACAUUCCAUGCCAAGACAGACAUAACAAGCCACAUGGACGUCUUAUCUCAGGCCUUCCACGACCUCUUCAACGUUGCAAAGAACCUGGAGACCAUACAUUUUGGCUUCGCAAUCGCCGUUCCUUUGGAUUUAUCCCUAGACCGGGUCUUUCACAAUAUCCAGUGGAAAAGACUACGCACCCUUAGUAUCCAGGGAUGGCGGCUAACCUCCCACGAAAUUAUCACGCUCUUUCGCCGUCACCGCCGGCAACUCCGCGAUAUUCGCCUUGUCGGCGUCUUCCUCCGUGGUGGGGGCCGCUGGCUUGAUGUUCUCUCCGUGCUGCACGAUGAAAUGGAUGAGAUAGAGCGCAUCAAUUUGCGUGAAAUAAAUUACGCCAGUCAUUCUGAUGGCACCUACGGCCCUAACGGCAGCAACGGCCAUAGUAACGGCAACGGCAAUGGAUCAGCUGGGAAUCAGAACUGGCUUUCCAUCCUUGUUAACCAUAAUAUCAUGGCACAUGCACCCUCGGGCUCUUCUCCGUCGUUCUACCACCAACCGGUUCUUAACACCGACCACCUGACUUCAGCCUCCUCAGGCCAUACACGCCACUCGUUCCACGCCUCAACCCUAGAAGGGCUAAGAGAUCGGUCUGUAGACGAACUUGGUGAUAAUGGGGUAUACGUAACACAUGAACAGAGUCAACUCUGGGAGGCCUGGGUUUUGUCUAGCACACGCAAGGUUUUUCGGAGGAAGAGCUAAUUCAAAUAUCGGGAGGUCUCAUUGAUGGUGUGGAAUGUUUAGCGUGCUGUUCUCUCCUAUCUCGUUUUGCAUCUUGAUAAAUACCGACUGGUGGCCCUAUGAUACGCUAAGCAGAGGAGGGUUCGUCAGAUGAAUGAAUGCAUCCUAUGGUUAUUAUGUGAGUUUAUGAUAUUAUAGUAUGUGAUGGAUGCAUAUAACGCGGCCGCUUUAUUCUGGGCCGGACCUAUACAAGAUAGAAUCCACCGAUAUACAACUACGUGAAUACCAGAGAAGCAAAGAAAGAAGAAAAACGAUGGAGAAUAUGUCAAUAGGAAAUAAGUAGGUUUUUUUUCUAAGAAAACGUGUCUGCUGCGAGAGUUCAAUGCAAGUGAAGCAUA